AUGGAGCCACCAAUCGUUUACUAUCAUCGUUCCGAGUACAUAGAAACGGAUACGGGCAACAAAGUUAGUCGUAAGUCUGUGAUCUGUGGAAGCCAAAAUAUUAUAUUGGGUGGAAAAACUAUUAUUCAAACCGAUUGUGUUAUUAGAGGAGAUUUAAGACGUACUGGAGGUGGUCAUGCCGUAGUAGUAGCUAUUGGUAGAUAUUGUCUUUUAGCAAAAGGAAGCAUUAUUCGACCUCCGUACAAAACAUACAAAGGGACAUUUAGUUAUUAUCCUAUGAAAAUAGGAGAUCACGUAUCCAUUGGAGAAGGAAGCAUUGUUGAAGCAGCAACAAUAGGUUCAUUCGUGCAUAUUGGCAAGAAUUGUGUUAUUGGUAGAUUUGCGAUUAUAAAAGAUUGUUGUAAAAUUGAGGAUAACACGGUAAUACCACCAAAUACCGUUGUACCUUCUUUCUCAAUCUACGAAGGAUCACCUGGAGUAUUUGUUGAUGAAUUGCCGGAAUGUGUUCAGGAUCUUUAUGAAUUAAAGACAAAAGAUUACUAUAUUAAAUUUCAACCAAAGGACAGUUGA